AUGCAGAGGUGGCUAGAACUGUGGAAAAUGGAUUUGGUCCAAAAAGUUUCUCACGGUGUGUUACAAGGCUCGUCUGAAGAGCCGGUUACUCUUACGAAUCAUGAUUAUGUAGUAUUAGGGGAAAUGUAUUCCGAGCGAGACCAAGAACUUGACCCUGAACAAUGCGAGCAAGACUGUGGAUAUCGCGGUGAAGCGGUUAGUGGCGGAUUUCUUAGCACUCUGUUUGGUAGGGAAAAUUCUUCCUACACAAAGGAAUUUCUUUUGGAUGUACGAUCAAGGGUCAAUUUUACAUAUCGAACGAGAUUUGUUCCUAUAGCAAGAGCACCAGAUGGGCCUUCACCUUUGAGCCUAAAUUUAUUAGUACGGACAAACCCGAUCAAUACAAUAGAGGAUUACAUAGCAAAUCCUGAUUGCUUUAACACUGAUAUUGGGUGGGGGUGUAUGAUAAGGACAGGACAGAGUUUAUUAGGCAAUGCCUUACAGAUCCUUCAUUUGGGCAGAGAUUUCAGGGUAAAUGGUAUUGAAAGUUUGAAAAUGGAAUCAAAAUUUGUUAGCUGGUUUAAUGAUACGCCUGAAGCUCCUUUUUCGUUACAUAACUUUGUUUCUGCGGGUACAGAACUUUCUGAUAAAAGACCAGGUGAAUGGUUCGGCCCCGCAGCUACAGCCAGGAGUAUACAAUCCUUAAUAUAUGGCUUCCCGGAAUGUGGCAUCAACGAUUGUAUAGUUUCUGUUUCAUCCGGCGAUGUAUAUGAAAAUGAAGUUGAAGAAGUGUUUGCUGAGAAUCCAAAUAGUAGAAUAUUGUUCUUGUUAGGCGUGAAACUCGGAAUUAACGCGGUAAAUGAAAGCUAUAGAGAGAGUAUAUGCGGUGUUUUAAAUUCUUCACAGUCAGUAGGCAUUGCCGGCGGUAGGCCGUCUUCAUCAUUGUACUUUUUUGGUUACCAAGGAAAUGAAUUCUUACAUUUCGAUCCCCAUAUUCCUCAACCGGCAGUAGAAGAUUCUUUUGUAGAGUCGUGCCAUACCAGUAAAUUUGGUAAAUUGCAGCUAUCGGAAAUGGAUCCCUCGAUGCUCAUCGGUAUUCUGAUCAAAGGCGAAGAAGACUGGCAGCGAUGGAAGCUAGAAGUUGCAGAGUCUACUAUUAUUAAUGUUCUCCCUAAGAGAAUGGAUGACUUUGAUGUGAGUUGUAGUAUGGAUGACAUAGAAAGUGUAGGUUCUAACUCAAUGAAAAAAGAUACAAGCAAUAAUGAAAAUCUGGGAGUAUUAGAGGGAGAUUACAUAGAUAUUGGUGCAAUACUUCCACACACAGCAAAUACGGAAGAUGCAGAGGAGUAUGAUUGUUUUCAAGACAUUCACUGUAAGAAUCAGAAGAUCGUGGUCAUGGGAAACACACAUGCGGCUAACGCGAAUUUGACAGAUUACGAAGUAGAAGGUGUCCUUGUAGAGAAGGAAACGGUAGGUAUUCACACUCCUAUUGAUGAAAAAUGCUAG